AUGAUAAAAAAAAGAUAUAGGGAAACAAAUGGUAGAUUAAAACAUCCUUAUCAACUUAUGGAAAAAAGUAAAUCAGAUCUUUUAAAAGAAACAAAUAGAUACAAAUCUUUCGAUGAUUCAACUCUUAGAGAUGUAGAAGCUAAAACAAAAGUCACUCCUUUUUUGUACCGUGCCGUUUUAACCGCAGCUUUGAGUGGAUUUGCAGUUGGAUAUGAUACAGGUGUUAUUAGCGCCCUGAUGAUAAUAUUAGAAAAAACCCAUAAUUUAACUAAAACUGAACAAACUUCGUUUAUUGGAGCAACUACAUUAGGUGGCGCAAUCGGCGCUCUGGUUGCAGGCUCAUUGACUAUGUCCCUAUCAUCAACAAUUACUAUUAUGUUGAUUAGUAGAUUAAUAUCAGGAAUUGCUAGCGGCAUUGCAUCUAUGACCGCUCCAGUAUAUAUUGGUGAAAUUUCUCCGAAAUAUCAUCGUGGUCAACUAGUUACCUUUAAUGUUUUACUAAGUAAUGGUGCAACGUUAUUUGCCGUAUUAUCAGGAAUGGCAUUUGUAUCAGAUGGUGGAUGGAGAUGGAUAAAUGCUAUUGCUUCUGUUCCUUCAUUAUUACAACUUUUUGGUUUAUUAUAUGUUCCAGAAACUCCAAGAUUUCUUGUAAAGAAAGGUGACUUUGAAAAUGCUAGAAAUGUUUUGAAUAUAAUUUAUCCUGAUUCAUCUCAAGAAUUCUUGGAUAAAGAAAUUGAAGAUAUUCACUCAGUUGUUUCUGAAGAUGCCAAGGGUUCUUAUGCAAAGCUAAUACAGCCUCCUUAUUUAAAGCCAUUCUUAAUUGUAUGUGGAAUUGUGUGUUCACAAGAACUUUGUGGAUUUGAUACCUUUUUAUAUUUUAGUGGUAUUAUCUUAAAUAUGGCUGGUUUCACUGAUACGGGUGACACUUUAAAAUUUUCCCUUAUCGUGUUUGGAGGAAAUUUCCUUGUUACAGUGGUAACAAUAUAUGUAGUUGACCCAGUUGGUCGUCGUAAAUUGCUUUUAUAUACUCUACUUGCAACGAUAAUUGGUUUAGUCUGUCUUGGAAUUUCAUUUAUUUUUGUUACAGGAAUUUUUAUCAAACAAAAUACAUGUUCAGAUUAUGUAAAUAAUUGUGCUGCAUGUUUAUUUGAUAAACGAUGCAUAUUUAACAAACAAAAUAGAAUUUGUGUUGUUUUAAAUAAUAAUUCUACUCGAUCUAAUAUUUCUUGUGAUAGUUAUAAUAAUCGCUUUUUUGUACUUG